CCUCCUAAACGGCUUCAUCUCUAUGUCGUUGCGUCUUCUUUACUACCCAGGAAUGCUCUUUUGUUAUAUAUAUACAAGCCUUAUGACUUGGCCCUUGAUCCAUUAAUUGAUUUAUCAUUACUAAACUUGGGAGUCUUUGAUCUCACAAACCCAAUUUCCAUUACUAUGGAACCUUAUUCUACUUACUCACCUCCUUCCUCCUCCUCCACGACAUACUUCUCAAAGAAACCAAAGAUCCCAACACAGCCAUUUCAUUCCUCAUCUCUCCAUACGGUUCGAAAGUCUAUGGCAAAGCCGUGGAAGAAGCCAGUGGCGCCACUGCCACCAACACCCCCUCGUAUAUACAACGUGGAUCCUAUUAACUUUCGUGACCUUGUCCAAAAGCUCACUGGUGCAGCCGAGUUAGAUCGAUCUCGGCUUCUUCAAAGCGUGGCUCCACCUCCACUCGAAGUGGGUUCGACAGAAAAACCAACUUUCUUUGCAGUAGAGUACCAGCAGGACUUCACACCUGGGGCACUGGAAACGAAACAAGUACAGAAAGUGUCGACUGAGAAUAAAGAGGCAACGUUUUCCCUUGCCAUGAAUAUGUCGCCGUCUUCUCAGAAUUUGUUUUCUUUUCCUCUAUUCAGUCCAGGUAGUCUUUCCACUUUGGAACACAGCACGGUUCUUUAGCUCGCUGAUGAUAACUAUAUAUAAUGUCCCAGUAUCCGUCCUCCAGCACUGCUUAGAAACAAAGCAGGGUCUGGUUUCAUUCCCAGCUAGCUCUUCCUUCUGCUUGAACUAUAUAUAUUAAGAACGUCACAUCUUAUUGUUGUCAAUGUGUUAGAUCGACUAGUUAAGAUUUACCUCUUGGUAAUGCUAUUAAUAUCAAUUCAAAAA